AUGGGCGUCACACAAGGCUUUGUCCCAUACGGGACACCCGCCAUCCGAUCGGCCGCUGCUACCUUGGGCAGCAGUCGCGCUAGCGAUAGCACGAGGCGGGCACGAAAAGAAACCGCGCGGCCAACCUUCUCUACCCUGCAGAUGCACCAGGUCACUAUUGAGCACGAGGGAACGUCCACGGUGCUGGAGGUGGACGAAAACACCACCAUCCUUGAGGCCGCCCUCGACAACGACAUCGACCUUCCGCACGACUGCAAGCUCGGCGUGUGCCUGACGUGCCCCUCUAAGGUGGUGAGCGGGGAGGUGGACCAGAGCGACGGGACGCUGGAGGAUAGCGUCACGGCGCUGGGAUACGCGCUGACGUGCUGCACGUACGCCAGGUCGGACGUGACGAUCCGAUCGGUAGAAGAGGACGAACUCGUCGGCGCCCAGUUCAGCGAUCGAUCAUAGUAGAAGGAAGGGGCACAUCAGGCCACGCUCUGCUUGCACCACGCAUGGAUCCAAUAAAACCCUGUUAGAUUUCCUUUGGGAAGAGAGCAUUUAAUACGGCGGGGCUCACUGGGGAAGGGCGGGGGAUCCACGGCUGAACUUCUGGGGGGUAAGAGGAAUUAAGUUGUUCACCUCCGCGUGAAGAAUGUUUAGUAUCAGGUAUGUAGUAUGGGAGAGGUUGGCACACCUUUACGGGAAAUAACUCUCUGCUCCUCCGGUGUAGGCUGAGGGUAGGGAGAUUGUGCGAGUAUAGAGCGCUGCUAUCGCACAUGCAGGGUGCUAUGCCAGCAAUCCAACACGUUCUCUAGGCAACAACCAAGUGAAUUGGUUUGAGUCUGGCACGGAAGUAGAUGCAGCUAUUAGAGCUGGGUUCCAAAUGUUGUUGGAAAUGAUGCUUUUAUUUUGUGGGGAUAUCUUGCGAAUAUGGACGUACAUGGCGGGAAGGAGCGAGAGCCCUCGGAGCGUCAGAGUUAAUGGUUCGGAAUUGCUCCACAAGCAG